GAUGUGUUAUGAACCUGUUCACUAGCUCGUCUCCCACCCGCUCACACUCAUCACGGCAAGAAUGGGAAAGGUUCAUCAUGACAACAGAGAAUCAAAAGAAAAGAAAAAUGAGUUUAGCCUAGUUCGAGUCAAAGGGACCUGGAAGUGCAAACUGGAAAAGCAGAUCUGUAAGGACACAGCUGACUGUGUGUCUGCUGCCAAAAUCUACGAGAGCAGCACGGAGAAAGGCACCACUUGGACGGUGGUCAGCCCCAUCAUCUUCACUUACAAGGUAACCGAGACUUGGGGCUUGCUGGACCCGAGCAACGACACCCUCCUGCUGGGCCACAUCACCGACCCGCAGGAGCUGGAGGACAUUAAAAAGUCAAACAAGCCGAUCAAACGCUUCGUGGUCAUUGACCAGGAGGUGUGCAAAAUCUACGGCGCCAAGCUAACAGAAUAUUUAGAGGCCAACAAUGUCUUGUACAAGAUCUUGGCUCUGCCCACCACUGAGGAGAACAAAUCUAUGGAGAUGGCCCUUAAAAUCCUGGACGACGUCAAUAACUUCUCCCUGGACCGCCGCACGGAGCCCAUCAUUGCCAUCGGUGGAGGAGUGUGUCUAGACAUCGUGGGCCUGGCCGCCUCGCUCUACAGGAGGCGCACCCCUUACAUCAGGGUCCCGACCACGCUGCUCUCCUACAUUGACGCCAGCGUCGGGGCGAAGACGGGCGUGAACUUUGCAAACUGCAAGAACAAGCUGGGCGCCUACAUUCCUCCUGCAGCCGCCUUCCUCGACCUGUCCUUCAUUCAAACCGUUCCCCGGCGACACAUCUCCAACGGGCUGGCGGAGAUGCUAAAGAUGGCCUUAAUGAAGCACAUAGGCCUCUUUGAGCUUCUCGAGAAACACGGCACCAUGCUGCUGGACAUGAAAUUCCAAGCUGACAACAGCGUGUACGGGCGCAGCAGCUUAAAGGCGGCGUCGCAGGCCACCCGCAUAGCCAUCAUGACCAUGCUCGAGGAGCUCGCCCCGAACCUUUGGGAGGACGACCUAAACAGACUCGUGGACUUCGGCCACCUUAUCAGCCCGGCGUUAGAGAUGAAAGUUCUCCCGUCUCUGCUGCACGGAGAAGCAGUGAACAUUGAUAUGUGUUACAUGCUUUACGUGUCCCAGGAGAGCGGCCUGUUGACAGAGGAGGAGAAGCAGAGGAUUAUCAGCUGUAUGGUCGGCCUGGAGCUGCCUGUCUGGCACGAGGCCUGCACCAUGGAGCUCAUUGAGAGGUCUCUGGAGGACAGGCUGAAACAUUCUGGAGGCCUGGUCCGAAUGCCUCUGCCCGUAGGUCUAGGGCAAGCAGAAAUUUUCAAUAACACGUCAUAUGAGAUCCUUCGCAGAGCGUACAAAAAAUGGUGCGAAGAGCUGAGCGUCUCCUCUGACGGCAACAACUGUGACACUUAACUUGCAGCUACAUCAGUCCGGUUUAAACUAAAAGAAUACGUUUACAACUACAGGGACGUGUAUUCAGUUUUGUUUUGUUUUUUUUACACACUAGUUUCUGAGUAUUACGAUGCAGGUGUUGGCUGUAAAAGAAAUCCAUUCAUAACGUAAAAAUAGCUUUGUUUUGUCAUUUUGUUUAAAUGUGUAGGAUUCAGGGGGGAUGUGUAGGGGUAUGACUUGAACUGGUUUGCAUGUAUACUACAAUAAAGAUUUUUUUUAUUAA